AUGGACUUCAUUAAGUGUCCCACUGCAAUACUAUGGAUUCACAUAAAUUCAAGGCCACCACAGAUUACACAGGACCUAUCAACUUCAUUUGAGAAAUUGUUCUGGAAUGAAGAGAAAGGGUACUUUGUCCAAUUCAACACCAAACUUGAAUACGGUCUUGCAAGAUAUCCACAAGACUCAUACUUCUAUUCCUCAAAGUGGAAUAUUGGAGGAAAAGAAGCUGGUGAAGUAAGCCCACCAUGGGGAAUUGUCACAAUGUUUAUGAGUUGGGCUGAAUUGCUCAACAACGAAUUCGACAAUCAUGCAGGCAUAGUUAAAGAAAGAUUGAACUGGAUGAUUAAACAUACUAGAAAUGAUUAUAUGCCAUGUGGAGAAGCUGUAGACUAA